AUGAACAUCGAACCUACAGCCCACGGCUUCAUCCGAAACGCAAUCAAUGCCCUCCUGAUAGUAGAAGCCUGUCUUCAAGGAGAGUCCUUCCACAUUCCGAGAACACUACGUCCUGAAGAAGCUAGAUCUGCUGUCUACGAUGGUACAAUCUCCGUUUACGAGGUCGAAUCCUCCGGGAUCGACGAAUGGCACGAUCAUCAUCAAUCGUAUCAUGAGUUUCGACUUGGCGAUUUCACUGUUUUCUGUGAAGCACACAUGGGACCAACAUACCAAAUGGGACGCUUGAUCAAACAGAGCAUGGUUCUGCACUGGGACGGUGUUCGACACCAUGUCAUCUCCUAUUUCCAGGUAGGAACUUUGCAAAGAGCUGUUUCUGAAGGCACAGAGGCGCCGUUGGACUUGGACCAAAUUAUAAUACCAGAUGGGCUACUUGAAGAGCAACGCCAUAUUCGCCAUAGUGUGGCGUACAGGCCUUGGCUUGGUUGGAGGGCUGAGCACUGGACUCUCCAGAAUGGAUUAUUCGCGCAGAGACCAGACUCCGAGUCCUGUCGAGAAUGA